GCUCCAAACGAUCCACUCUCGGCAGUGGAGGAGUGCCAAGGCACUCAAAGGUACCAUGGAUGACUUGGUAGCCGUCCCGGACCACGGGGUCACUGAGCCCCAGCUGGUCCAGUUGUUUUAUCGUGCCAUUCCAGAGGCCCUACGCGGCCAUUUCUUUGACAAAUCUCAGCAGGCCGGCAUGACUUACGAUGCAUUGAUUAGGGAAGUCGUCCUGUAUGAGUCGAAGUCUAUGCCAGUUACCACUUACUGGCAUAAGGACUUAGAGAAGGGGAAGAAGUGGAAGAAUCGUACCAUCUCAGGCCAAGUAAAGGCCAAGGAUCACAUGAUCCUGACAUUAGAAGAAGGUGGUACCGAUGAGGUCCCAUAUGACCAGAUGAAGAUGAUGGCAGUAGUGUGGGGCAGGGGAGGUCUUACGGUGCUGUCGCGGCUGGGGGUAGGCCGCAAGGAGGAGGAGGAGGCCAGGGCCAAAGGGGCCAGGCCAUGGGUGGCCGAGGACCGGGCGCACAGGGGGUUGGCGGGCAGGGAAACCGCCAAGCGGGAGGUAGGGGUCAAGGUCCCCCGUCAAAUCGCCAGGGUAAUUGUUCCCCACAACGAAGAGGUGGAAGGGCACCUCAAGGGGGUUGGCACCCAGGCUUGCCACAGGGCAGGCCCUGGGAAGAUUUGGGCUUGGACCAGUGCGGAUGGCAAGAACACGUGGACCGGGGUCAGUGCAUAUUCUGUGGUGACCCGGCCCACGUUAUCAAAUUUUGUCCAAAGUAUAACAGGCCCGUUGGGCUGCUCAGUCGUCAAAAGGCAGCCACCAGUAGGGGUCGCAACUGCCCCUACUUCCAGGCCAUGUGGAGAAGUGAGCGCGCGCGAACAGGACACUCCCAACCCACAUGAGCCUAUGGCAGAGGUUGCAGGCCCGUGCCGAGAUAGCUGUCCAGAGGCUGCUUGUGUUAGCGUCUCUUUAGGCACGUCCCUCACAGUAGUCUACUUAGAUGAUAUCCUAGUCUUUAGUAAGACCCUCCAGGAGCACCAGGGUCAUUUGAGGCAGGUCUUGGAGAAGCUUAGAGAGGCUAACUUCAAGAUCAACGCGAAGAAGUGUGAGUGGGCCAAGACGCAAGUCUUAUACUUGGGCCACGUGUUGGACGGAGAUGGCAUUAAGCCAGAGGACAGCAAGAUCGCGGCAAUCAGAGAUUGCCCGACGCCCCGCACAUUGACAGAGUUGCGGUCGUUCAUAGGCUUAGCUAACUACUAUAGGAAGUUCGUGAGGAACUUCUCCACUAUCGCCGCUCCCUUGCGCCGAUUGCUGAAGAAAGAGGCAAUCUGGCAAUGGGACAAAGACUGUACGUCUGCGCUCAAGAAGCUAAAGCGCGCGUUAAUAGAGUAUCUUGUCCUCAAGGUUGCAGAUCCGUCUUUGCCAUUUGUCGUCACCACGGACGCGAGUCAGUAUGGGAUAGGCGUCGUGUUGCAGCAAGAUGACGGCAAUGGCUAUAGACCCGUAGAGUUCAUGUCAGCAAGGAUGCCCUGUGAGAAGGUUGCUGACUCCACGUACGAAAGAGAACUCUACGCUCUCAGGCAGGCUUUAGACCAUUGGAAGCACUAUUUGCUUGGGAGGCACUUCAAAGUCUAUUCGGACCAUGAAACGCUUAGAUGGUUGAAGACCCAGGCCAAGAUGACACCUAAGUUGACCAAGUGGGCCGCAGAGAUAGACCAAUUCGACUUUGAGCUUAAGCCAGUAAAGGGCAAGUACAACGUAGUUGCGGAUGCUCUGAGUAGGAGAUCUGACUACUUUGGAGCUGUAGUACACUAUCUGGAUAUAGGGAGAGACCUGCAGGAGAAAGUGAGGCAAGCAUAUGCGCAGGACCCUAUCUAUAGCGACCUCCUAAAGAGAGUUAGAGAGGCCCCAGAGACUGAACCAGACUACCGCACUACAGACGGGUUGCUGUUUGAGAAGACUAAUGUGUUUGACCGCCUGUGCGUUCCAACAGCGAAGAGAUCCGCAGUUUGAUUUUACGGGAAUGCCACGAUACUGAAGGGCAUUUCAGUUGGCAAAAGAUAUUAGCCAACCUGAUGCGU